AUGACCACGGCCCCCCCGGCAGACCCCCCGACGAAGCAGCACCAGCCGUCGCAGCCACCGUCGCCGCAGCCGCCGGCUUCCCCAUCCGCCACGAUAGCCGCUCCAACUCCCGGUGGCCCGACCCCUCCCCAGUCGACUGACAUGCCGCCCGCCGAUUCGGGACCCGCCUCUGAAGCCCCGGUCACUCCCAUCAAGCAGCGCCGCGGAAUGUCCCUCACCUCGGCCCUCACCCCGGCCAAGGAGGUCUUCGGCCCGGAGAGUGACACCCUGCUCCCGGUGUCCACCCCGGCCCCCGGAGCCGCGACCCCCGCGGCCACCGCCGCGACCCCCUCCCGGACUAACGUCAACUCCCCGACACGUGAAGCUGUCAAGAGCUUCUUCAAGCUCGGUGGCAAGGCCGCCCCGGUGGCCGAGCUGCCCCCUGCCCCGCCGGCCGGCCGGUCGGCAGCCGAGCUCCAGGUGGAGAACGCCCAGCUUCGCGAGCGCCUGGAUGAUUUCGAAAAUUCGCAGAUGCUCCUGCAGGAGCAGAGCACCAUCCUCAAGACGGAGAUUCGCGACCACGGCCGGCGCACGGCGCAGCUCGAGCAGACCAUCACCCAGCUGGGCAAUGAGAAGAAGCAGGCUCAGGCCGAGCUGGCCCGGCUGAAUGCCCGGCUCGAUUCCUCCGGGCAGCUGCUCAAUGCCUCGGCCGAGCGCAUCAAGACCCUGGAGGCGGCCCUGGCCACGGCCGAGGAGCGCCACCGGAAGCUGUCCCAUCGCGAGGCCGAGCUCCAAGGCCGGCUGACCCAGCUGCAGGGGGACUUCUCGCAGCGUGAGGAGCAGCUCCGCCGGCAGCUCCGCGGUGUGGAGGACACCUCGGUCAAGUCCCGCGUCGAGACCUCGCACAUGGAGUCCACCAUUGCAUCGCUGCGGGAGCAGCUGCGCGAGGCUCAGGCGGCGGCGGCCGCGGCGGCCGUGGCCGCCACCGGCUCCGAUGCCGCCCCCGACGCCGCCGAGGCACUUGCCGCCCUGCAGAAGCAGCUGGCCGAGACCCGCGUCGCCUGCGACCAGGCUCGCGACGAGCGCGACCUCGUGUCCUCGGAAUUGGCCACCCUUCGCGCUCAGCGCGACCAGCUGGAGGAUGAGCUGGCCACCCAGCGCCAGCGGAUCCACGACCUGGAGGCGCGCCUGGACGCGGCCGAGGCCCAGCUGACCUCCUCCACAUUGGAGGCCACCCAGACCAAGGGCGAGCUGGAGCGUCGCUCCGAGACCAUGCAGGCCGACCUGCGCCAGCUGGAGCGCCAGAACACCACCCUGACCAGUGACCUUGCCACGGUCAACAAGCAGCUGGAGUCCACGCGCGAGGAGCUGGCCACCGCGACCGGCGAGCUGGCCGACAAGUCGCGCGAGUGCGACCAGCUGCUGGCGCAUUUGGAGCGUGCUCGUGCCGAUCUCGAGUCGCAGGCCGAGACCGGGUCCUCGAGCCAGGAGCGCCUGCGCGCCGAGCUGGCCGAGGCCGAGGCCGAGCUGGCCCAGCUGCAGGGCCGCAUGGAUGCCGGCGCCGCCGAGGCCGCGGACCUUCGCCAGGAGAUCGGCACUUUGGAGGCCCGGGCCGGCGAGCUGACCGAGCGCCUGGCUGCCGAGGAGGCCGCUCGCCGCCAGGCCGAGGAAGCUCUGGCCACCAGCGAAAAGCUCCUCGAAACGGCCGAGGCCGAGCGGGUCGCUCUGGAUGAGAGUGUGGCCCAGUUGACCGCCGCCCGGGCCGGCCUCCAGCAGGAGAAGGACACCCUGGCCGAGAAGCUGGCCGCCGCCGAGGCGGCCACCCAGGAGGCUGCCGGCCAUGUGGCCGAUCUCCAAGCCAAGGAGGAGCGCCUUUGCGCGCAGAUCCUCUCGCUGUCCACCGAGCUGGAGGCCUUCAAUGGCCAGGUGCAGACCCUGAGUGGCGAGGCCGACGAGCUGCGCCAGCAGGUGGCCACGCUGGAGGGUCGCCUGGCUGAGGCCGAGGCGGAUGCCGAGCGCCGCGCCGAGGCUCACGAGGCCGAGGUCGCCAAGCUCAACGCCCAGGUCAAGGCCCUGGAGGAGCAGGGCGGGCAGCUCCGCGCGGAGCUGACCACCGCCCGGGCCGAGAUCGCCGGCUUGGAGGAGCAGGUGUCAUCGCUGGCCCCGGAGGCGCAGCGUGUCCCGGGGCUGGUGGCCGAGUGCGACACGCUGACCACUCGUGUGGCCGAUCUGACCCGGGACUUGGGCAGCAUGACCGACGAGCGGGACGCCCUGGCCCCGGUGGCCGCGCGGGUGCCGGGCCUUGAGGCGGAUUUGGCCGCGCUUGGGGCCCAGCUGACCGAGCGCGAGGCGCGCCUGGCCGAGGCGGCCACCCUUGCCGACGAGCAGGAGGCCCGCCUGGCCGAGGUGACCGGGCAGCUGGAGGCCGGGACCCGCCGCGCGCGCAAGCUCGAGAGCGACCUCGAGGCCGCGCGGGCCGGCGGCCGUGCCCUGAGCGCCGAGUGCGAGAAGCUCACCAAGGAGCGGGACUCCCUGGAUGACGGGCUGCGGACCCUGCGCCGGCAGCAUGAUGAGGAGGUUCUCCGGACGGCGCAGCUCCGGGACGACCUCCAGGCCAUGACUGCCCAGCUGGAGGCCACCCAGUCGGAGUUCCGGGCCAAGGAGCGCCGGCGGACGAUGCUCAUCCGCGAUCUGCAGCAGCAGCUGGCGCAGGAGCACAACCGCCGCGGGCAGCCGACCCACUUGCCGGACUACACGCGGAGCCUGGCCGUGAACCUGGCCUCCAAGUCGCCCUUCGGCACCGGGACCGGGGGCGGGUCGUCGUCGUCGCGGUCCUCCUCGCGCACUGCCUCGGCGGCCCCGUCGCCCGAGCCGGCCGAUGCGGCUCUCUCGCCGGAGGAGAUCCAUCAGAUUGCCACGGAGAAUGCGCUGCUGCUGGGCCGCAUUGCCGACCUCCAGGAGGCCCAGUGGCGUGCGGAUGACGAGCUGUCGCUCCUGCGUGACCGGGUCACCACGGCUGAGAAGUCCCUCAUCGCCAAGACCGCCAUCAUUCGCCGGUACACCGGCGCCGAGACCCUGGACCUUUCCCCGAAGCCGGGCACCAGCACCACCAACCAGCUGCAGCAGCAGACUCGCGCCUCGCCGCAGGACUACCGGCUGGCCGUCGAGGCGAAUGUCCGGCUGCAGGCCAUCCUGGAGGAUGUCAUGAUGCAGAACCAGGCCCUCCAGCGGAGCUUGGACCAGUUCACCAAGAAGGAGGCCGCCGGGCAGCCGGCCACGCCCCUGCGCACGUCGACCUCCAACCACGGUCCCUUCACGCCGAAGGCCAAGUAA